UUCGGAUUGAUUAAUCAGGAUGGGCGAAUUGUCUGAGAAGGGAAGAAAGAAAGUUUCACUCGGCGGUGACCUGUGCCGAUCAAUUUCUCCGAUAUAUUAUCUCGGUAAACUAUGCGGCUUGAUACCAGUGAGAUUUCUUAUGCGUUCUCCCAUGGAAUAUAGAGUACGUUUGCACGCGGUAGAUGUUAGUUACAGUAUAUUCGUGUUAAUGUUACUGCUCGGGGCAGAAAUCUGGGGUAUGUGGCGGGAUUUAAAAGACGGCUGGGAGCACAGUACGAGAUUGAAAUCGCGAACAGCGGUGAUCGCGACGUGUAGCGAUGUUCUUGGCGUAAUGAUUUUAACUGUAGUGUGUGUCGGCGGCUCUUGCUUUCGUUGGAAUCAUCUGCAAACGGUCAUGAACAAAUUGAUCGAGGUGGACAAGAAGAUUGGUGUACCCUCGAUGAAGAAGAUUCGAAGAUUCACGAUCGGUUUAACAAUUUGCACUCUCGCUUAUUUGUGGCUCAAUUCGAUCCUUGAUUUUUAUUCAUGGGAUCGGAAAACUACAAUCAGCAAAGCAAUGCCCGACAAAGGUCCGAUCAAUUAUGCUCCCCUGUAUUUUAUGUACACCGUCAUCAUUUCAACCGAGAUUCAGUACACGGUCUGUACAUACAAUAUAGGAAAGAGGUUCGCUCGUUUAAACAGCAAUCUGAAUGAUUUGCUUAAUGGUAAACGAAAUGAUAAUGCGAACGAGAAUAAUAAUCAGAUUAGUUAUUUGCGAAAGUCCGAAAAGAAAAAGUGGAACUUGUCCGGGAAACAACUCAUAUUAGACGAGAAUAGGAAGCUGUACACCAGCAGCGUGUCGGAGUUGAUGAUCGUUCAUUCUUCGCUUUGCGACACGGUUUCCCUCGUGAACACCGCGUUCGGAGUUGUUAUAUUGACCGUCACCGUGACCUGCCUUCUGCAUCUGGUUAUCACGCCUUACUUCUUGAUCGUGCAAGCCGUAGAAAGUAACGAGUGGAUAUUCCUACUCGUGCAGGGUGGAUGGUGCAUCUUCCACGUGACUAGAAUGCUGAUAAUCGUCCAGCCCAGUUAUUUCACGGUCGUCGAGGGGAAACGAACUGCGGUUCUCGUCAGUCGUUUGCUGUCUUGUAGCUUCGAGGCGAACACCCGACAGGAACUGGAAAUAUUCUCGCUUCAGCUGUUGCAUCGGCCUCUCGAGUUUUCCCCCUGCGGUCUCUUCGACUUGGACAGGACUCUGAUCACGUCGAUGGCAGGCGUCGUGACAACGUAUCUCGUAAUUCUGGUACAAUUCCAAAAUGCGGACGACACGAAGGGCGAGGUCGAUAUCAUAAGGAACGCUACGCAGAUUCUAAGAAACGCGUCGCCGCUUCAGAAUCUCACUGGAAUAAAAAUAAAUGUAUGAAAAUGG